GAACCAUUAAUGACUCAUUUUGACUCCACACUCGUAUAACAAGGUUAGUUGCUCUGAGAGUUUAUCUGACGUGCAGACGUGUAUUGGGUUUUCCUUAAAAUUAACUCUUGAAAACAUUUAAAAAUCUACCGACGUACAAAAAAUGGAGAGCGGGGCUUGGGUUGUCUUAGCCCUUUCAACACUUCUGGUACAAUGGUCAGCACAAGAUGCAAUGGACGUUGAUGCAGUUUUGAGUACAACUGCAUCAACUACGCAGAUAGAAAACAAAAUAGCUAAUGAUAUUAAUAAUUUCGGUUACAAAUUAUUAGUCAAAAUGAUGAACGAAAGAAAAAAUAGUAACAUUAUAGUCUCACCGACAGGCGUAGCAGGUUUGCUAGCCAUGACACUACUCGGAAGUGUCGGGACGACACAUAAUGAAAUCGCCGAGACCCUCGGUUUUUCCCAAGAUAUUUUACAAAACCGCAAAAACCACGAACGGUUCGGUGAAUUACUGCAGGCUUUAAACGUCAACGAUUCUUCCAAAACGUUAUACGCUGAUGCCAUGUUCGUGGAUGCGCACGCGCCGGUACGCGAGUUGUACCGCAGUUAUUUAUACGAUGUCUACCAAGGAGAUGUACUCAGUACAGAUUUUAAACAAACCGAGGAAACUAAAAACUUAAUUAAUGAGUGGGUUAAUAAUCAUACAGAAGGAAAAAUAGAGCAUUUUUUGAAGAAAACUCUUCCUACGUCAACCAAAGUAGUAUUGUUGAGUGCGCUUUACUUCAGCGGUCAGUGGGAACAACCUUUUGCACCUGAAUACACAGCCAAGAUGCCCUUCAAAAGACCCACAGACGAGGUCAUGGUUGAUCUAAUGUUAAAUUUUGGAACAUUUCGGUAUACAUUUUCUGAGAAACAUGAUUUACAUAUAAUAGCACUGCCUUAUAAUGAUAGUGACACAACUAUGUAUGCUCUAAAACCACGGUUCCCAAAACAGCUCACACUGUUAGAACUCAUGGAAAAGAUUAACUUUGAGCACAUUGAUGAUAUAAUCAACCAAAUGAAUACAAGGAAAUGUGUUGUGCGGUUUCCCAAAAUGGAACUUAGAAGUACCACCAAUCUGGAGAAUACUUUGAAGGCCAUGGGAUUAAAAACUAUGUUUGUACCUGGGGAAGCUAAUUUUGCUCUUAUGAUAAACAGUAAUACAGUAGUAAAUCAGACUGAAGAGGAGUUAAUUUCAAGAAUAAAUGAUGAUAGUAUUGAUUCAAACAGGAAAUCAAACAUGUUGGCUAGCCUACCUAAUCCUGGAAUACAUGUAGACUCAAUACUACAUGAUGUGAAGAUAACAAUAAAUGAAUAUGGAACAGAGGCAGUGGCAGCAACCAGUGCUAUACUAGCCCGAUCAGCUGAACAGUUCUAUGCAGAUUCUCCAUUUUUCAUGUUCAUAAGAAAUGAACGAACUAAACUGGUUACUUUUAGUGCUGUAAUAUUUGACCCAACUGAUUGAUUUAUAUUAAUAAUAUUUGUCAACUUUAUGAUACAAAUGUAAGAACAAAUAUAUGUUUUUAUAAAUAAUAAGAAAAUAUUUAA